AUGUCUCCCCCAGCUCGCACAACGGAGAAGGAGUCCAACCUGGCGCGCCUGCUGGGCUCUGGCUCUGCUGGUAUCUCUGAGCUCGCUGUCUUCCACCCUGUCGACACGAUCGCGAAGCGACUUAUGAGCAACGAGACCAAGAUCAGGAACUCGUCGCAGCUUUCCGCCGUCAUCUUCAAGGACAAGGCCGCCGCCCCUAUCGGCAGGAAGUUUGUGUCACUGUUCCCCGGCCUGGGAUACGCGGCUGGAUACAAAGUCCUCCAGAGGAUAUACAAGUAUGGCGGACAGCCCGUUGCUCGUGACUACCUGACCAAGCACUACGGCUCGGACUUUGAGAACGCCUUCGGCAAGAAGACCGGCAAGGCUAUCCUGCACUCCACCGCAGGAUCGCUCAUCGGAAUCGGCGAGAUCGUCCUCCUGCCCCUCGACGUGCUCAAGAUCAAGCGCCAGACAAACCCCGAAGCUUUCCGCGGUCGAGGCGUGCUCAGGAUCGUCGCGGACGAGGGCUUCGGGCUAUACAGGGGUUGGGGCUGGACAGCGGCGCGGAAUGCCCCCGGCAGCUUUGCGCUCUUCGGAGGGUCGGCCUUCGCCAAGGAGUAUAUGUUCAAGCUGCAGGACUACAACAAGGCGACAUGGUUCCAGAACUUUGUCGCCUCGAUCGCCGGUGCAACGGCCUCGCUCGUCGUGUCCGCGCCGCUCGACGUCAUCAAGACCCGCAUCCAGAACAGGAACUUUGAGAACCCCGAGAGCGGGUUCCAGAUCCUGACCAAGAUGGCCAAGAACGAGGGCGUGGGCGCCUUCUUCAAGGGUCUUGUCCCCAAGCUCCUCAUGACUGGGCCCAAGCUGGUUUUCUCUUUCUGGCUUGCCCAGACACUGAUCCCAGCCUUUGACAAGGCGCUGGCCAAAUAG